GACUCCGUUGUGUUGGCUACUACAUUGCCUCAAACGCACAGUUGCCAUUGUCGGGGUACGAAGUUCAGCCAGACAGCCAGAAAGCCUCUAAGGCCGCUGCUUGACGCCAAGAUGACGGACGCUCAGGUCGAAGUCGAGGAGAAGCUGCGCCGCAAAAAGGAAGAGGAAGAAGAAAUGUGGCGUGAGUAUGCCGAACAGAGAAAGCUUCAAAGGGCAAAGGAAGAAGAAGAACUCAGGAAGUUAAAGGAGCGCCAAGCAAAGCGACGUGAGGCGCGCGCACAACAGGAGAAGCAUAUGGCUGAACAGAAACGCGUGCAAGAUGAGAAACGGCAAAAAGAGCUCGAAGAGAAAAAGGCGCGUGAGGCCGAGGCCAAACGCAAACGUUUGGAGGAGGCUGAGAAGAAACGCCAGGCCAUGCAGGCUGCCAAGGAGAAAAAGGAAAACGAGCCAGUAAAACCUAACUUCACAAUCAUCAAGCGCGAGGAUAUGGAUAAUUUCGCCGCCCUUGGCGGAUCUGGGGUGUUCGGGAAGUUUGCCAAUGUCAUGGCCGCUCGCGGAGAAAUGGGCAAAACGCGUGAGCAGCUCGAAGAAGACAAAAAAGCAAUUUUGGCAAUGCGAGUUAAGCCUCUCGACUUUGAAGGAGCCACGGUCGAUGACCUCAAGAAGCGUGCCAACGAACUCUGGGAGCGUGUAAAAUCACUAGAGGCCGAGAAGUACGAUUUAGAGGAGCGUCGUAAGAUUCAGGAGUACGAUCUGAAGGAGUUAGCUGAGCGUCAACGACAAAUCGGUAGAAGCCGGGCUCUCAAGAAGGGUCUCGAUCCAGAAGCCUUGCAGGGACCGCACCCGCCUAAGAUCCAGGUGGCGUCCAAAUAUGAAAGGCGCACCGAUCGUCGAUCCUUUACCGAUAAGAAAGAACUCUUUUCUGGAGGUUUCGAAGCCCAGCAGGAUGCUGAAAUCGAGAAACAAUGGGAAAACAAACUGUUGACCUUCAAGGAAACAUCUGGUGGAAAGCUACCGCUGUGGGACCCCGAAAAUCCCAAAAACAAGGAAGUUCUUCGUAGACGAGGUCUUGAUGAUGAAGAUGACGACGAUGACGAACCAGUAUACCAACCGCCGCCGCGUCAGUCCAGCCCGCCACAGCCUACUCGUCAGGCUUCGCCCCCGCAACAAGAGGAAGAAGAAGAGGAGGAGGAAGAGGAAGAGGAAGAGGAAGAGUAAAUGCCCAGAAACGUAGAAACCCGCUGCCAUCGUAGGAAACUGCCGCCCUCAAUCGAGACCACUCUAAGCAGACGUUUGGGCCAUUUCGAACUGCAGCUCUCGCUUGACUCCGGAGAAUAAAAAGAAACCCCCUGGUUCAUUCAGUCCUAAGCGGUUUUCACCUCAUUGGAUAACCAAAAAAGAAACAGGAAAGUUGGCCCCCUACUGCAGCUAAUGAACUCGAAAAUUGUAAAGCACAUUAUUCUUAUUUUUGUUCUUAAGUCUCAUUCGUUGAGAUUAGGCUUCGAUGGAACUUAGAGGAUAGGAUGACAAAAAAGUCAGCGUCCCAUAACACUGACUGGCUGGCGGAUCUGCUUAUUGACAGUAACCAUGUGUAGUAGCGUAACCGUAAUUCUAUGAUGUGACCGUAAAAGAAGUAGAUCGUUACCUAAAUCCUGUCAAUUAACUACUCUUGUUAUGGUCGCAGCACCUAUCAUACAGUCUAUGAUCAAUCUUACUGCUUAUGAACGAGAUUAGCGUCAUUUUUGGUAAUGAUAAUAGUAAUCUAAGUAAGCAAAUAGAGAAACACAAAUUCCGCUCACGUGCUUAACACGUAUAAGUCUUGGUCGACCAAUGACGGUAUUUGCCGACAAACUGCUAGAUAUCAACCGGUUGAGCCUGUGCUGUGUUUAGCAAUCGCCGUUGUGUAGAUGGUGUCUUGUAACACUGGCGGAGGAUUUUCUAUUCUGACAUACAUUUCUCGUGCAGCCAUGUAUUUGUUUCUCGGUAGGCAGAAGAAGAGAGAGAGAUUGCCGUAUGGAAGAAGUGCUGGACGCGAGGAAUCGUGCUUAACUUCCUGAACGUGCUCUUAUAUAAAUGCAUAUCACUGUUGUUAUCUGUUAGACUGAAACAAAAAAAAAUAAAUGGAAACUGUUGCAUAAGGAUGAGAGUGAAAAUGGA